GGAUGGCGACAUCCGCAACAUCCGCACGGUGGCCAAGCGCGGUGACGCAUACGAGCUGCUGGCGCAGUCGCUGGCGCCCAGCAUCUGCGGCCACGCCGAGAUCAAGCGUGCCAUGCUGCUUCAGCUACUGGGUGGCUGCGAGAAGAACUUAGACAACGGCACGCACAUCCGCGGCGACAUUAACGUGUUGAUGGUCGGCGACCCGUCGACCGCCAAGUCGCAGGUGCUGCGCUACGUGCUGCGCAUCGCGCCGCUGGCCAUUGCCACAACCGGCCGCGGCUCUUCGGGUGUCGGGCUGACGGCCGCCGUCGUGUCGGACAAGGACACGGGCGAGCGGCGGCUGGAGGCCGGCGCCAUGGUGCUGGCCGAUCGCGGCGUCGUGUGCAUCGACGAGUUCGAUAAGAUGACCGACAUGGACCGCGUGGCCAUCCAUGAGGUCAUGGAGCAGCAGACCGUGACCGUGGCCAAGGCCGGCAUCCACACGACGCUCAACGCACGCUGCUCGGUGCUGGCCGCCGCCAACCCGGUCUACGGCCGCUACGACCCCAAACGGCCGCCGCACCAUAACAUCGCACUGCCCGACUCGCUGCUGAGUCGAUUCGACCUGCUGUUCAUCGUCACCGACUCGAUGGACGAGGCGCGCGACCGCAUGAUUUCGGCGCACGUGCUGCGCAUGCACCGCUACCUGCUGGCCGACGCCGGUGCCGAUGCCGAUGGCGACUCGGGCGCACGGGCUGCGCGAGCCUGCGCGGUGUUCGAGCCGUACAAUGACCGCCACCGCACGCGCAGCCGCCGCGGCGAGCUGUCGCCAGCCAACGUUGGCAGUGAUGCGGCCGUGGCGCCCAAACGCGAGGUGCUGUCGACUGAGUUUCUGCGGCGCUUCCUAUACUUUGCCAAGAACAUGGUGCGGCCAGUGCUGGGCGACGCUGCCGCCGACGACCUGGCUGCGGCAUACGCCGAGCUGCGUGCGCAGGCCAGUGGCCAGGCCGCCGGUGCCAAUGCUGUGCUGACCACUGCGCCCGUCACGGCGCGCACACUUGAGACGCUGAUACGCCUGGCCACGGCGCACGCCAAGCUGCGCCUGUCGCCCACGGUUGAUGCGCAGGACGCCGACGUCGCCAAGGCGCUGCUGCGCUUUGCGCUGUUCAAGGAGCAGGCAGCCAAGCCGCCACAGGCCGCCGCCGUCGCCAGCAAGCAGUCGAAGCGCGCGCGCGUGCUCGCUGGGGCGCCCGAGUCGCAACCGCAAUCGUCGCAGAGCGCACCCGCCGCCGCCGACAUGGACUGGCAGGACGACGGCAUGGAUGUUGAUCAGGACCAGGGCCAGAACCCGGACCAGGAGCCUGCCAGCGCCGCGCCCCUAUCCGUAGAUCGCACGCGCCUGUUCCGCUUCCAGCUCAGCCGUGCCAUCGCUGACCGUCGCCUUGACGAGUCCGAGUCGCCGUGGGCCUUUCCCAACACCAUUUUGCCUGCGGUCAACGCUGGUAUCAGCCAGCCGUUUUCUGCUGCCGAGGCCGAGCUGGCCCUGCUCGACAUGGAGCGCGAAAAUCGCUUGAUGUUCCGCGAUGGUGUCGUGAUCAUGAUGUAGCACGGUGCUGUUUCUAUUCGCUUCAACGCGCUUUCAAUUCUUUCCUUUUUUGUUUCCUCUCCUAAAAUUCGUGCUU